GUCAGCACGCCGCGAGGAGCUCGGGUGCUUCAAGGAGAAGAACGAUCAAGACGGCCAUUGCCUGGCCUCGCCUGCCUGUUCUCAAUACCGCUUCGGCAGCUCGGCAAAGCGCGGAAAGUUUUCAUCUGGAAGAAGCAUGGCUGGUCACGCCGUGUCCCUGACCUGCCUGAUCUCGACCAUGUUUGUUCUAAUGGUCGCCGGUCAACAUGCUGUCAUGGAUGUCGGGAAUCCGUUCGAUUCGUUCCAAGACUCUUUCCACGGCUUGACUGGCAGCCAUAGCAGCUCGGAUACAGUAGAUGCUCAGUCAAACCGGACAGCACCCACGUCGAACGGCGGCAAAGGUGUCUUCGGCGGCACGAGUGUGGUUCUGGGCUUCGGCUCAGAGUGCUCGCUCGAACGCCAGUGCAACGUCCUUCUCGGACUCGCGUGCACAAGUAACGGAGCUCGCGUAUCCCGAUGCGCCUGCGCUCCCUCGACGCCCGUCUACGUCGACGAAGGUGGAGUCCAAAAGUGCGUCCGACCCAAAGAGCUUUACGAGGCGUGCGUCAGCAAUCAAGAGUGCAGUUUCAAGAACCCGAACGUUCGGUGCGUCAACUUUUUGUGCAAGUGCUCACAGCCCUUUCAACUGUCACCGGGAAGGCUCUGUUUGCUGCCGUCCGGCCCAGCCGGAAACAUUUUCCCGACCGCCAUCAGCGUUAUGCUAGUUCUGGCGUUGCUCGUUGCUGCUGGAGGUUACGCGUACCAAAAGAUGCUGCGAGAGCGUGAGCGCUCCAGUAGCCUCAGUACCAAGGCAGGCCUAAGCCUACAGGCUGACACGUCCUCAGCGUCAUCGACGGCGCGCAUGCUGGGCGGACGCUGGGCCUGGGGACGCAGGUGCGAGUACCGCGAAGGCGAGUGCAACGUACUGGAGGACACCGACGAACCCAGGCGACUGCGAACGCAGAGCGAAAUAAGCCUGCCUCGGCACCCACCCCGCUACAUCAGCCACAAGGGCUCAAGUCGCAGGGUGACAGGGCUGUCGACGCUGCACGAGUGCUGCUCGAACGCCGAGCGAUCCUCGUCGCUGUCCGGGAACGAUCGCGUCUCGAAGGACGAGCCAGAGAAGAGCGACACGCCGCUGCUGCUGCACCGCACGCCCGAAAAGCGAGAUCUCGUCUGUCAGCAGAAACGCGAGAUCGAAGCAAAGCCGGAACGCAGCGUGCACAGCAGCUCGUCGCCCAUUCACGUGCUGCUGCCCGAGGACGAGCAGAUGCGGAGGAUACUCAGCGACGAUCAAGAGAUUGUGGUCACCGUCGAAACAGGGAAAGGCAGGCACCAUCUCGUGACGACGCCCAGCCUGCCACCCGUGUUUUCCCUCCCAAGGCGCGAGCCGCCACCGUCCGAGUCAACAAUGACGGACGACUCGUUCAUGAAGGACCUGAAGCGGCGGCGCGGUCGUCUCAGGGGACGUCACAGCGCCGAAUUGCCCACCGCGGUCACCACGUCCACGCUCAGGACAACCUCCGCGGGCGUCACCACUACGCUCCCGUCGGACGCCGGCAUGCUGGCCGCUGUUCACACGACGCAGCAAGUCAAUGGACCACCUGCGAUGCGCGGAGUGUUUGGGCUAUCUGCGCAUGUCCGUGGCUUCCCCGCGUCAACAGAGCCCGCAAAGCAGCAAACUUUAACCACUGAGCCUGUUCCAACGCCUGCAAGUGAAAUGACCGCAAACGCCGUGGGCUCGAACGUGGAGGAAAAAGCUAAUGCCCCAACGCAGACGUCCACAACGCAGAGUACUCCCGACAGACGUCCUCGUAAUUAUGAAAGCGGGUACCGGUCAAUGAGAGGAACAUACGACACAAUAGAGUCGAGGUCGUCUGUAGUUCCUGUAACAAACACGCUUCCAUCACUUGGAAUUCGAUUGCAAAGCGCUGAAAGGAACGGACAGAACUCCAAGGGAAGUGAUGCGGAGCAAGGCACUGUCUCCAUGAAAACCGUUCUUGGUGCUACAGUCCUUCACAGUUCGACCAAGGAUGAAGGACAAAAGCAAGUAUGUGUCCUCGAUGACCUAGAUAUCCUCGCAGCGUGUGCCAAAAGCGCUGAAAAGGCCCACAUGGCAAAACAGAAGACUGAGCCUCAAACAGGUCCAAGUUGUUCACGAGUUACAGAGUCUCCUCCAACUGCCUGUCCAAAAACUGACAUCGUAGCGGAGUUGCACCCCAGUGAGGCGAAAAAUUAUAUCGAGAAAAGUGAUCAGAGCCACAGAGAUCGAAGCACACCUGUCACCUCAGCAAUCGUUAACGGAUCUCUCACCAGUUGCACAGCAGCGAGGCCCUCGCCGACAGGCCAGUUCCUAUGCUCCGAGAAAUGGGACAGUGUUAGGUCGGAAGAAAACAUCGCACAAGUCGCAGAAAUAGCCAGUCAGCUGCUUCUAGGAAUGGCCGAGCUACAUGUCGAAAAGGCAAGAGCUUCGUCCCUAGAUGCCAACGUGAACAGAGGUUUACACUGUGUGCCAAGAAUAGAGGCAGUUACUCCCAGCAGAUCCUGCGGUGCAGCAAGGCCAUCUCCCGUGAUUCUGUGUUUCAACGAGGAACGAACCGAACCUACGGUUGAGAAUCAUGUUGACGUCAUCACAAGCGACGUCAAGCACGAUGCUAAGUUGGGGAAGCACCGUCUUCCAACAAAGUUCAAUUACAGCUCAAGUGAAGAACCCAGAGAUUGCGCCAGUGAAGACUACGUUUCCGAAAAAGCACGUACUUCGAAUUCGAAUGCCGCGGCUCCCAUUGGCGUAUUGAAGCCAUCAAAAGCAAUCUCACGCGCUGCAAAGGCCGCUGCUGGCCAAUUCAAGCCUCGAGAGGUAGCCUGGCCUUCUUUGGUCGAGAUAAUUAACACGUCAAGCGAAAUGUGGCCGCGAGUGAAGUUCGCAUCUGCCAGUCCUUCACCACCUGCGUAUGGGCUGAACCAAGAAGUUGCCGACGAUGCAAAAUUAAGCAGCCACGGGACCAGCCAAAAGACGCCCCAGCAGGGCACCCAUAGCGUCCUGGAAGACCGCCACGCAUCGGCUUUCAACGGAGGUGCGCGCGCCACCGAGAAAGAGCUCAAGUUCGAUGCCACCAGAGAGCCUUGCGAGGGCACCGUUGAAAUGAGGAACAAUUCGCCGAGCUUCGCUGAGGCUGCUGGCCUUCGACGCACGUGGCGCAGACGGGCAUCUGCAUCUUCUGUCUUCUCCGAGACGACGCCAUCACUAUCAUUUCAGAAACCAUACCAAGAGCUCAUGGCAAAAAUCUCUCAGCACCCGGUUCACUUCACGGAGAGACCGUUUGUCGACGUCCUUGCCAGCAUGGAAAGCGAGUUUACAAGUAUCGUCAAGGAUGAACAAAGAGUUGAAUUGCCUGACGAAAAAGAAAAAACGCCCAGUGAACCACCCAAACUACCGGAUACAGGCGGCCAACCGGGCUCCGACACGGACGAUGGAAAUCUCGACGAAACAGCCUUGCGGAGCUUCUUGGCGGACGACGAAGAAAAUGAUUUCGAGGCUGACACUGCAAGCGACGAAGCUGUCGAGACGUGCACCAGCGCUGACUCCGCAAAGUUGCCGAGCAGACGCUGUCCGCCUCCUUCAGGCCCUGCAAUGAAAAUGACGGUGACGACGACGACAGCGACAGCGACGACGCUGGAGAGCGAAGGAGCGUCCAAGCCGAGGGCGCUGUUGGACCAUAGCGCGUCAGAUAAGGACUUGAUGCCACCGUCCAAAUCGCUGUCACUUGCGAUCGGCUCCUCCAACGCGAGCUGCAAUACCUCAAACCGCCCGUCCAAUCCAGAUGAGCUUCGCAGUUCAGAGCAGACCGUGACAGCGGUGGCGGAAGCGGCAACGUGCAAGACAGUCAACGGCGUCGAUCCCAGUACAGAGCUGCAGGUCACGGCUACGUCUGUGGUCCGGACGGAAAACUUGCAACUGCCAACAUCUUUGAGAAGCGAUAUCUGUGCCCAGACGCAGCUACCAGUACCGGGCACUUCCGUACGGCCUUCCUUGAGCAACCACCAGUCCCGCGUGGCCACGGAUCGACCAUGGAUAGAGGAAGUCGAGAAAGUGGCGACGCUUGGAAACGAGCACUACAUCCAGCAGCAUGCGGCGCUGCAGCGCGCCUCGAAGUCGGCGACCAGGCUCGACGAAACGCAGUGCGUGCUGUUUCACGCCGAAAACCCCAAACAGCUGACCAUGUCAGUUAAGUCGCAGCAGCCUGCACCCGGCAGCGUCAACACCUUAAGCAGUGAGCUCACACAAGGCAGCCACGAAUUAAUUCAGGGAGCUCUCAACUAUCCUGUUGCACCGUCCUCGAGCACAGAUAUCGAGCGGCACGAAUCUCAAGCCACCAGCUUUGAGCCUCCCAAGUUGAAAGUCUUGACCGCGCGCAAAGUCCAGGACGUCGACAUCAAGCGCGUUUUGACGAUCCGCUUGUCCAAGGCGUCUAACGUGCCUCCACUGCGCGAGCUGUGCUCGCAAGUGCUUCCGCCGGCUGAAGCACCAGCGGAGAAGUACGCAGCUCCGGCAGGGCGCAAUGACCAGACGCCAUCGUGUUCAUCGUGCGCCCGCUUAGAAGCAUCUCCUACCGCCACCGCUUCUCCAUAUGAGCCACCCUCCAAGAAGAAAGGCCCAAAGGCGCGGCUUUCCUUGGAUGCACUAUCAGAUAAGACGGCGAUUGCUGCUUUAGAGGAGGAAGGGGCUUCGUCGGAGACUCGGCCGCAGCUGCGCCGUCGAGGGCGCAGUCAGUCGGUUGUGAUAACUGGCGUAUCCCACGAGUGGUCGGACCAAAGACCCAGCCCUACCGAGGAGGCAAAUGCAGCGGCAGUGACCAGAAAUGCGAAGGUACCAAUCCGAUUCAUCGAUCCACCGGCCUCGCAGAACAUUGUCGUUCUGCCAGAUUCCUCCGUUGCCAUCCGCCUUCCUGAAGGGGCCAGGAGCACCGAUCUGUGGGCUCCAGCCAGCGGCACGUCUCUGCGUCGAGGCAGCGCAGCGACCGGGCUCGUGGUCAGGAACCGGCACCUCCAGCUGGCAAGUGCGCUCGAAGACCCCAGCUUCGAGUCCAUCUACAACGCCAUCCUUCAGGCGGCACCACCACCGGCGGAGAACGCCCUGCAGGCUAGUGGGCCCGGGGACGUGCCUUGCCGGCCAGCGCGCAGGGCUUCGUCGUCGUCUCGUGCCGUCUCGUUCGACAACAUGCCGACCGUGGUUCCCCUCGAGCCGCCGCCGGAGCCGUUCGUCGAGCGUGACGUCUCGAAGACGGCGGUCGACGCCGAGCCAGCGGCGACCCCUCCGCCGUUCCACCGACCACGACGCCGCUCGAGCCUCUGCCGCUCUUCGUCUGGCUCCCUGCUCCAAGAGGUGACCGAGAGCGCCGACCUGUCAGCACUCCUUGCAUCGAGGCGACCUUCCUGCCUGCUCCCGCCGUUCCUGGUAGAGUCGGGCGCCACGCGCGAUGACGCUGCGUCUUCGGCAAAAGAGGAAGCAGGUCCAGACGCCACGCUCAACGGUGGCGCUGCUGCGCCGACUGAAGAGCAGCGAUCGCCGCUGGCGUCGCCAUUCUAUUCAUUCGAGGACACCAUGUCCGAGCUUUCGUCUGUGGACGCGAAUAAUUUAAACUUGUCCGGGUCUUUUCCGGAGUCGCAGAGAAAUGAAGGGGUCGGACCGUGCGACCAAAACCCCGGCUCAUCCGCGUAAUGACUGGCCCCUCAAGGGAACUGCUGGCCUGUCGCUUCGGCAGUUCUCUUGCGAUUUGCCUUUAGUAGCGCUCGAUGUGAAUAAAUGCUCUGAGAAAAGCGAGUA